AUGAACCAAUUCAAAUCUGUGCUUUUCUCAUUGUUCUUGUUGUGUGCCGCAGUCUUGUUGUUAUUCGCAGCCUCUCCAUCAUUGGCCGAUGACGAGAAAGCUACCACGACUGCUUCAGAUAUUAACGUAAAUAAUUUAUUACAAGGAGAAUGGGUGGUUGAAAUGACUACCGUGGAUCAAGAUUCUGCUUCCGGAGAUGCCGAUGAAUUGUUCCCACAAUUGGGAGUUUAUAAUUUCUCUCAUACUCCAUUACAAGAGGGAGUCUUGUUUGGAACAUAUCUUCCAAAGGGUUCCGAAGAUGAUUCUUCAGAGUUUGAUGUUAAGCUUUUGGUUCAAUCCGAUGCUGAACACAGCGGAACUUUCAAGAUGAUUAAGAGAAAGAAGGAAGAAGAGUCUGAGGAUGUUGAAGAAGUCGCUGAAUUGAGAAAGGAUGAUACCAUUGUUUUUGAUAUUCCAUAUAAUUUUGUCACUCACAAACCAAACAACCCAAAUACACCUCCAGUCGUUUUUGCCUCGAGUCAAGGACGUUUCGCAGCCAAUAAUGGUGCUUUGAAGGGAACUUAUCAAUUCUUGUUCACGAAUAAGGAGAAUUUCAUUUUGAAUUUGGUCUAUGAUGCAACUACUGGACAGGACGGCACCACCAAGUACAAGAUUGACCGAAUUGUUGGAACCAAACAAGUCAAUAAGGAGAUGAGCUUCUUCCAAAAAUACGGCAGCACCAUUAUGAUUAUGGUCUUCUUUAUUGGAAGUAGAUUUUUGACAAGAAACAUGCAAGGCGGUCAAGGUCAAGCUCCUCCAGCUGCAACUGGUAAUCAAUAA